AUGGCGCCUAUCCGCUCCUCCACAAAAGGCAAAAGCCCAAAAGGCAAAUCCUCGUCCAAAUCCUCGUCCAAGUCGUCGUCGAAACCCAAACCCAGCGCCAGCACCGGCAAAGAACCAGAGGGCAUCUCCAAGCGCAAGCAGAAAUCCAUGUCCCUUGCCAAGCCAGGUGGCGUGCAAAAGACAAAAUCGCUGUCGUCGAAGAAUGGUAUCAAUAAGAAGAAGAAGCGCGUCUACACAGAAAAGGAACUCGACAUCCCGGCGCUGAAUGGCAUUGUACCCGCGGGCAUUGCAAAACCAAAGGGGCAGAAGAAGGGCAAGACCUUUGUGGACGAUUCUGCUAGUAUGCUCGCGAUCAUGUCCGUCGUCAACGCCGAGAAGGAAGGCCACCUCGAGUCUAAGAUUGCAAAAUCCCGCCAACUAGAAGAGAUCCGCGAGGCAAAACGGCUGGCGGCCGACGAGCGCUCGGAGGAGAAGAAAGAGCGAUUUGAGGAGCGCAAGGCGGCGCUCAAGAAGAAGAGGAGAAGGCAUUCGGAAAAGGAGGCAGAGGUUACGGAUGCAAAAGGGAAUUUCAAGCAGAGGAAACGCGUUAGCUUUGGUUGA